UCAGUGGCAAAGCAAUAUCCUUUAGCCCUUUCCAUAGCUUUUCUCAGCUCUGCCUGGAAAAGGAUCUUCCAGACCAAGCAACAUGAAUGAAGACUACAGUGACAUCUAUGACACAAUCCAAAAGGAGAGGAAGGAUGAGAACCCAGACCCACUGGAGGAAAAUGAUACUCCUUUAUAUGACGAAGUCCAUGAAGACUUGUGGGCUGAAAAUGAUCUAUACGCCACUAGGCUAGAAAGCCAUGAAUAUGAUUCUUUGUCGGUGUAUGUCUCGAAAAGGGAAGAGGCCACCCCAGCCUCCCCGGAGCCUGAAGCAGAAGGCUACCUCCUGCCUGAUGAGGUGUUUUCUGAGCCCCAGGAGGUCAGAGACAUCUCUGUGGGAGACUCACACCCAUCAAGCCAGGACCCAGAGCCUCUCCAAAAGGAGCUGGAGGAGAAUGGAAGGAUGACCAAGAAAGAGUUGCCUUCUUUACUGAGCUUCACAGUUCAGCACAGCAGGGCCUUUUCCACUGGCCUGGACUUCCCUACCUGCCCUUUCGAUGCUACUGGUCUGGAGGGAAAUAAAGUAGCUUCCAGCAGCCCCGAGAUCUUCCUGUUUGUGAAGGCUGGAGUCGAUGGGGAGAGCAUUGGCAACUGUCCUUUCUCUCAGCGUCUCUUCAUGAUCCUCUGGCUGAAAGGAGUCGUGUUCAAUGUCACCACUGUGGAUCUGAAAAGAAAGCCCGCUGAUCUACACAACCUUGCUCCUGGCACGCACCCGCCCUUCCUGACCUUCAACGGGGAUGUGAAGACCGAUGUCAACAAGAUUGAGGAGUUCCUGGAGGAGACCUUAGCCCCUGAGAAGUACCCCAAACUGGCUGCCAAGCACCGGGCAUCCAACACCGCGGGCAUCGAUAUCUUCUCCAAGUUCUCAGCCUACAUCAAAAAUACCAAGCAGCAGAACAAUGCUGCCCUUGAGAGAGGGUUGACAAAGGCGCUGAGGAAGCUGGACGACUACCUGAACACCCCUCUGCCAGAGGAGAUUGACACCAACACCCGUGGGGAUGAGAAAGGGUCCCAGCGCAAGUUCCUGGAUGGGGAUGAGCUGACCCUGGCCGACUGCAAUUUGCUGCCCAAGCUGCACGUGGUCAAGAUUGUGGCUAAGAAGUACCGAAACUAUGACCUCCCAGCUGAGAUGACGGGGUUGUGGCGGUACCUCAAGAACGCCUAUGCACGGGACGAGUUCACCAACACCUGCGCAGCUGACAGUGAGAUUGAGCUGGCCUAUGCGGAUGUCGCCAGGCGCCUCAGCCGAUCCUGAGCUUAGAUGUCUGGCCCAAUUCUGCUGCAGAAGAAUUCUACUUCUCCCAACGGCCUUCAACGCUACAGACUCUUCCUCCUUGUUGCCUUGGGGAAAACAUUAAAAAAAAAAUAGGCCACAUCUUGCUGGCACCCCUGAACUCAACUCCAGCCUUCUACCUUCUAAGAUCAGUGCCAUCCUUCUGCCUUGCCCUAUAGGAGCCUGGCAAGCAAAGAGACAUAAUAGCAGAUCUUUCCACCCACAGAUCUGAUCUAGGGUUGGUAUAUCUGGGGUCAGUUUGGAAAUCUUCCAUGGGAUUGUCACUGUUCCCUUCUGCCAAUAUCAUAAUGCUCUCUUAGAUGCUCUAACAGCUUGAAAUGCCAGCUUCUCUCUCUCCCUUGUCUUCCUCAGCAACUGCAAGGGCAUGAAUGAAUGCCAUUACAUGAUCACUGGGGAGGCAGCGGUAGGGGGCUCUCAACUGAGUGUGGCUCUGGGAAUCUAGCAAAGCAGUUCCAGCUGCUCACUAUUUAUGAGCAGAGGGCCAGAUGGUAAUGUCCCCUUGGAUACAUUCGAAUUUGCUGCAGCGCUGGGAACUGGUGCAAUAUGUCCUGGCCAGCACUGACCCCAGCUUUCCUUCUGUCUCCAUUUUGCCACAAAGGCAGUUGACUUAUAAUUCUAUACUGAGGUGACCCAGAUGAAGAGGGACUUCUGGGAAGCAAUGCUGAUGCCAAAAGGCCCACCAGGGUCUACAGCCACAGGGGUCACUGACUGAAGAGUAGUCCACUGGAGAUCGCAUGGGCGUGUAUGACUGUGUUCCUCAAUGAGUGACUUUCGGUUGGAGAAAGAGAUGGGAGAGGGAGGGAGGAGAUACAGAGUUCUAUAUGAGUUUGAUGUAGCUUAGAAAACUUUUAGACCACUCUUCUCUCUCAGUAUCUAAACCUUGGACUGGUGUUGGACUGGUUGGCACACCUACCAGCCAUAAACCAGAUUCAAUAUCCGCCAAAAAAAAAAAAUGUCUUCCAGGCCCUUCCUAGUCACUUGCAGAUGCGGGUUGCUACCUGUGUGUGCUCCUAGCUUCUUCAGCCCCAAGCCCUGAUGGAAGAGAAAUUCUGUGAAGGAAUGGUGUGAAGGAAAGGCUACCUUAGGAAGAAAGUCCACAGGUCUUUCUGACUGGGAAGCCACAACUUGAAUUUGGAAAAUAGAUACUGCCCUGGGUCCAUUUUCCCACUGUCACAGUUAUCACAGCAUCAUAUUGUUAAGAAAAGGAAGUGUUUUUUUUAA